GUUUGACGGCAGUUGCCAUAGAGUGUUACUUUAAGCAAAGGCGCAAUGUUGAGUGUUUGUUUCGCGCGAUAACAUUGGCGAACGCUUUCAGUUGCAGAAAAUUGUGAAACUUGUGGAAACCAUGGAAGCGUUUAGAAAUGCCGAUUGGAUGGAUACCGAGAGUGAACGUCCAGGUUUUGAAGGUGACCUCACCAACAUGUUUCUUCAUAAGGGAAGCUACAGGUCUUCAGAUGUCUCAGAGCACAAGAGACUUUGUCAGUAUGGAAGCAAAUAUGGAACAGUACUUGAGAAAGCAGGAACCACUGAGCAGCACUCGGGCACCUGACAUUGGAUGUGUUGUUCUGUUCAAGAAAGAGACAGGCACAGAAUUACAACGCGCACGUGUUGACAAGAUCAUUGACUUGCCAGGCAGCUACCUAGUAGAGGUCACCUUGGUUGACUAUGGGCAAACACUCCUGGUACACAGAAAACAGUUACACAAAGCAUCCCGUAAGAUUCUCAAGGUGCCUUUUCAGUGUAUUAAGUUUUCAUUGCUUGGACUGAGGCCACUGCAUUGUGCUACCAGUGAGGCAAGAACAAGCGUAGAGCAUGUGCCAAAGGACUCCUGGGAUGAUGCCGCCACUGAAUACGUGAAGACAGCUAUAGAGACGGCGAAUUCAGUGCAAGUCGAAGUGCUGGGACAAACUGUCUCGGGUGGUCUUUACGGGAAGCUUCACAUAGAAUGCAAGAAGAAGUUCAUAUCUCUGGAUGAAGAGCUCGUCAGUCUGAACUAUGCCUUCUUGGACUCUGAUGCUGGCAGUGAGGAGAUUUUAUUGGAGGAUCACAAGUCCUUGCUUGGAACCAGCACAGUUGAACAGUAUAUGACACACAAGGCAGUUGUCAAUAUGACUACCAAGAGUUCUAGCGACAGGAAAAAUCAUCAUCAGAAGAAAACCUCAGCUGCACUGCCAAAAGUGCAUGAUGUGCGGGUUUCUUCAUCAAGCACUGAAGCCAUUCCGCCAUCUGAAGAACCACCACCAGCCUCCACAAGCACAAAGGCUGCAAGCUGUCCUUCAGAAGCGCCAUGUGCAUUGGCCAGCUUGUGCGAGAAGCCCAAUAUCGUGAAUAGCAUGAAUGUCAAUGCUGAGAAACGAGAUGUCCUUGUGCUUGCACAGAGUCAUGAGGUUGAAUCUUGUGCUUCUACUCUGGCCAGUGCUCUAAAAGAAGGAGCUGACCAAAAUACUGACACAUGGGAAACAGUGAGUUUGACUAGUGAGGGGCAGCAAGGAAGUAGCAUUGAAUGCCAUUCUAGUAAGGAGGAGGAUAUGCCUGGCAUCGUGGCAGAGGAACGUAAACAAAAACCUUUGAAACAACUUGCAACAGCACCUGUUCCAAACAAGGUAUCGCCACCCGAGCUUCAUGCAACCAAGUUGAAGGGCUUUGGAAAUGGCACUGACAAGGCUCAUGAUUUGCCAGCGUACCCUUCUGCAAGGUCCAGCGUUGUACGUUUGCAAGCUACACUGCCACCUAGCACGAUAAUGACUCGAGCACAGUCAUCAAAGCCAGUCAACACGCAGGACAAAAAGCCAGUGCAAGGUCGUCAACAUGAGUUCUCAUCACAGUGCAUGAGUGCAGGUCGAAACCGCUUGCAAACAUCGAGAAAGACUCUGGAGCUCUGGGAUCUGCUAAAAAAAAAGGCAGUGCACUGAGCGAGGCACAUUUGCAAAACCUCAGAAGUACAUUCAAGAAACCUCAAGUUACUGAAAAACUGACAAGUCAUGUCAAGCCUGAUGAAACAACAGAAAAAACUGCAUCCUGUGAAAAAGAUGAGGUCCUGACUCCUACCAGUAAUGUAAAUCCCUCAACACCGGAACCUCCUUCAUGUGUGAAUAGCGCCAAAAGUCAGCCUACUUCUGAAAAAACUGCAAGCAACAAAACUGCUGAUGAG